AUGUAUGUCAUCGGCCGGAGCUACCCCGCUGGCUCCCGUGACAAAAAGCCCACUCGUGACAUCCCAGACAUCCUCUUCCAGCGUGAACACUUUCUCCUUGCACGACUUCUUGCUUCUCUGGUUUCUUUUCUUGCGAGCACCAUGGGCAGUUUGAAGCGCAUCAGCAAGGAGCUCGCCGAGCUGACCGAAUCUCCGCCCGCGGGCAUCACAGUCCAGCUCGUCGAUGAAGCAGACGUCUACAAAUGGAAGGUGUUCAUGAAGGGGCCGCAAGACACUCCCUACCAGGUACAGUGCACUUUCUCGGGACAUUAUAUAUCGCAGUUUAUUAAGGUCGCUGGACAGGACGGCACAUUCCUUGUGAACCUGACCCUCCCCAAUGAAUAUCCCUUCAAACCGCCCACCGUCUCCUUCGCCACCAAAAUCUACCACCCGAACGUGUCCAACGAUGACAAGGGGUCGAUGUGCCUGGGCAUGCUGAAGUCAGACGAAUGGAAGCCGUCGUCGCGCAUCGCGGCCGUGCUCGAAUUUGCGAGACAAUUACUCGUGGAGCCCAUGCCUGACGAUGCCGUGGAGGGACGGAUCGCAGAACAGUACCAGAAUGACCGGAAGAGAUUCGAAGAAGUUGCGAGGGACUGGACCAGGCGAUUUGCCAAGGGAGAAAAAUGA